CUCUCACUCCAGACUUACAGUUCCAAGCAUGCAGCCACUCGAGAAAGCCACUGUGGAUGAUGAACUCGUAGAUUCUGGCACGCCCAAGCUUGUACCCACUGUCCCUAUGUCAACUCAGAGGUAUAAUGCGGCAGUCAAGAGGGUCAUUCCCGGGAACAUGAGCAUCCGUCCAGGCCUGUUUAGCUAUGCGAAGGAGCUAGAGCCGCCGUAUCUUCCCGAAGGUUGGGCCUCCUACAUUCAGCCCGAGGGCCAGGUCUACUUCGCAUAUGAGUCACAGCCUCGUAUGGUUACCGAAGCACGUAUGCACUCGGAAACCGUCCGCGAGCAAGUCCUGCGUUUCGCCGUCAUCAUCUGCAAGACGCUGGAGUCGAAGGACAUCACCUUGCCCGAUUCUGCUGAGCUCUACCUCAUGCCUUCGGAAGAUGGCGAUACAUGCCGGUACUAUUUCGUCGACCACGCAUCGCACGCUUUGUUCUGGCUCGACGAGGUGGACAUCUAUCAGCUUGACUUGCCAGAAGUGAUCUCCGAGUCCCAUCUCGGGAUGGUGUUACAAGAGCAGUACUGGACUCAUAUCGAGCAGUUCCCUUCCCAUCGCUUUGAAAGCCUCCAUCUGGCCAUCGACGAGCUGAUCUCCAUCUUCAUCCACGGAGAAGGUGAUCAAUUGACAUCCACUGGCUCGACGUUCGCGUACACAGCCAAGCAGUCAAAAAAUUAUCUUCGCAUCUUGCAGAACGCUAAGGAGCAUUUGCGCUACGCACCGUCCAUAUGCAUCGUGGCGCGAUUGUGGGGAGUCAUCUCUCGUGUUAGAUGGCAGACCUUUUUUGCUCAGGAGCGUGCACGAUUGGACCGCAACCAGCGCGUCUUGGAUAUCCCUGACUCAAACAGAGGUCGCUUGUUCGCGGUUGCGUCCCGGAUGCUCUACAACAUCCCAAACGCUCGUGCCAUUGAGCUCGAGAAGCUCUAUGUGGACAAUCUGGUCUACAUUCAUACAUGGACCGAUUUCGUUCAGAAAAGCCAGAAUGAAUGGAAGGAGCACCUUCCCUGGAUAUUCGGGGUUGCUAUCAUCAAUCUGUUACUUCUCUUCGCUCCGGGUACCUCGGGCCUCCUGUCAGCUUUGUCACUUCUUUGCUGCGCAGUCGCGGCUGGUGCAUCCCUCAUGCUUCUUGCUCGUUUCGACGGGAUCAACGUCCGAGACCCAGUCGACGCGGUACGCAUUCUCCACUCUGCGCUCCGUUGAAGCGAGUUCCUAAUCACUCGCUACAUUAGCUGCCCUAUCUCGACGCCGCAAAGGAGUCUGGGGGUUAUGCGUCUACCGCGCUCGCGCUCUGUCUUCCCCGUGGUAUGUUCUACCACGCUGUCGUCCUCGCGGCAGCCCAGGGACUCGUGUGGAUUGAGAACGAGACGGACAUCUACGUCCUUGGCGCUCUGGUCGGGUUCGUCGUCCUCGUCAGUCUUCCGUAUGGAAAGUGGUACCACAGUGUGGUCGACCGGCUUCCGAAACUCAACUGCCUCCACCGGCGCCGUCCGAUUGAAGAUUUCGAAGCUGUCAUCAGCAAAGUCUGACUGCCCGCAUGGAUGCUUUUUCAGCCGAUGCCGCCGCCCAGUUCCGGCGACUCGGGAUACCCAGCCUGUAGGACUAGGACAUGUGUGUUUCGAAUGCGUGUCUGUACUUACGACCUGUACGUUCUCACGAACAGUCACGGUGAUGAGUACGCCAAGCUUGGGAAUGAUCAGAAUAGGAAGCAUAUGCAUAAUCUCCGCCGCGCGUUGCGAUGGCCGCUGCUGCGAUACCCCGACAUACCCCGGCCAUGAUACUAUCCUCCUACCUAGAAUACGAGCCCUCUUAGAUUAUACCCUGCACUUUCAGAUAGAUAGAGUAUGUUACUCACCAAGAGAAAGUAUUGGAUGCGGUUACAAACUUCCCAUCGGGCUAGACGGCCCGGGCGAGCAGGUCGCAAACUUGGAUAACAGUGUCAUACAAAAUCAG